GUCGUGAACGCGGCGCAGGCAUCUCCGUGCUUUGACAAAUUGGGUUUUCUAUACUUGACAUUACAUUUGUUUUAAUCCACUAUCUGCACAGACAAAAAGUCCUAAAAUAAGGAGGAUAUUACACUGAAACAGGUAACAUUUGAAGAGGGCUCUGUUAAUUUGUCAGCGUGGCGUGAACAUGACUGAGGUAGCACAAAAUAUUGCUGAUGUCGCACACGACAUGACUGAUGUGGCACAUGAUAUGUGUGAUGAAGCACACAAAAUGAGUGAUAAAGAGAACAACGACAACAUGAACGAGUUGCAUGGCCAUGUGGCACACAAAGAGGACCAUGUGGAACACGACAAGCAUGAUUUGGCCCACAAAGACAAUGAGGCAUACAAAAAUAACGAUAUGUCCCAUGAUGAACAUGAUGAGGCACAAGAAAAGAAUGAGGCGCACAGCGACAAUGAGGAAGAAGUUCACACCGAAGAGGAUGAGGUUCGCACAGAGCCCGAGGAAGAGGAGGAGGAAGAAGAUGAGGCACACGACAGGAAUGAUGUGGAGCACAAAGAAAAUUAUACAGUUAAGGACAAGGCAAGGCAAAGUUCAAGAUCCAGGAAGGACAAGAACGAUGUGGCACAAAAUGGAGUGGCACAUGACAUGAACGAUGAGUCAGAGAAAGAAGAGAAGGACCAGUCACAGAACGUAUCUGAGGUGGCUCUGAAACAAAAGAGACUUCUGCGCUCCAAAAAGCCGGUGGCCAGGAGCUACGUGCCCCAGAUCGGUAAGGCUGACGUGAAGAACAAGUUUGAGGCCAUGCAGAAGGCCAGGGAGGAGCGCAACAGUAGGAGGAGCCUAGAGGAGCACCAGAAAAGGAAGGAGCAGUACGUCAAGGAGAGAGAAUACAACCGCAGGAAGCAACAGAUAAAAGAACUACUCGCCUCCAGUGAUGAGGAGGAGGAGGUGAAGCCGGCCAAGGUAGAGAAAUCCUACGUCCCCAAGAUCACAGGCAGUGUGAAGGGGAAGUUUGCUGAGAUGGAGAAGCAGAGACAAGAGGAGGAGAGGAAGCGGAUGGAGGAGGAGAGGAAGAAGCGUGCCGCCCAGGACAUCAUGGAGAAAGCGAAGAUGCAGAAGGAGCUGGCCAAGAAAGCCGCAGAGGAGGGAGAUGACACCAUCCUGGUCCGUGUGGUGCCGGCAAAGCUGUCACGACCUCCAGGCAGGAUCAAGAUGAACUUUGAGGACCUGGAGAAGAACCGCGAGGAAGAGCAGAAGAAGAGGACAGAGGAGGAGAAGAAGAAGCGCUACAACGAGAACAGGCUCUCCUUCCGCGAGGCCAAGCGGAGCUCGGUCGUCCAGGAUGAGGACGAGGAACAGCCCACAGAGAAGGAGCAGGUGACUCCUGGGAAGCUAAAAAUGACGUUUGAGGAGGCUGAGAAGGAGAGGCAGGAAUGCCUGAGAAAGCAGGCAGAGAGGGAGGCUAAACGACGUCUGCAGGACGAGAAGAAAGCCUUUGAGGAGGCCAAGCUGGAAAUGGGAGAAGAUGAGGAGGACUCACAAGGAGCUCAAGGCGAGAGAGACGUCAUCCAGCCUGGUAAACUGAGGUUGAGCUUCGGGGAGCUUGAGAAACAGAGGGUAGAGAAUGAACGCAAAGCAGCAGAGGUUGAAUACAAGAGACGAAUGGAAGAGGAGAGGAAGGCUUUCGCCGAGGCCAGGAAAAGCAUGAUAGUGGAUGACGAUGACGAGGUGUUGAUGGCCAUGCUGAACCUGGAGGGCAGCAAGCCAGGGAAGCUGUGUGUCAGCUUCGAGGACAAGGAGCGUCAGAGGAGAGAGGUGGAGGAGAAGAAAGCGGAGGAGGAGGCCAAGAGGAGGCUGGAGGAGGAGAAGAGGCUCUUCGCAGAAGCCCGCAAGAAUAUGGUGCUAGAUGAGGACGAGGAUGGAAUGGUCAAGAGCGACUCCCAGGAAGCAUUGCAACCUGGAAAACUGGAGAUGAACUUUGAAGAGCUGCUAAAGCAGAAGGAGGAAGCCGAUAGGAGGUGCAAAGUGGCGGCGCGCAAGAAGAAAAUGGAGCAGGAGAAACAGGAGUUUGAACAGCUCAGACAAGAGAUGGGAGAGGAUGUGGUGAAUGAGAGCUCUGAUACAGUAAGUAAGGAGUAUGAGGAGCUGAAGAAACUCAAGAGGACCGGCUCCAUCCAGGCCAAGAACCUCAAGUCCAAGUUUGAGAAGAUCAAGCAGUUGAAAGACGAGGAGGUCCAGAAGAAGAUUGAGGAUGUGAGAGCAAAGAGAAAGGCUGUAGAUGAGGAAAUCAAAGAGAGGGAAGAAGAGAGGAUCCAGGAGGAUGAUGAUGAAGGCAAAAAGGACACAGAGAAAGGGGCUGACGAGGCUCCGUUCAGACAGAAGGUGGACAUGCGCGCACGGUUUGAACAAAUGGCCAGAGCCAGAGAGGAGGAGGAGAAGAAGAGGGUGGACGAACAGAAGCUUCAGAGGAUGCAGUUCGAACAGCAAGAGAUUGACGCCGCUCUCCAAAAAAAAAGGGAAGAUGAGGAGGAGGAAGAGGGAAGCAUCAUCAAUAGCUCGGCAGCCUAUGAGGAUGAGGAGGACCACGCCAGGUCGGGGGCUCCGUGGUUUAAGAAGCCCCUGAAGAACCAAUCGGUGGUGGAUGCCGAGCCAGUGCGGUUCACGGUGAAGAUCACCGGGGAGCCCAAGCCGGAGGUGACCUGGUGGUUUGAGGGGGAGAUGCUCCAGGACUGUGAAGACUAUCAGUACAUAGAGAGAGGAGAGACAUUCUGCCUCUACCUGCCAGAGACCUUCCCAGAGGACGAGGGAGAGUACAUGUGCAAAGCUGUCAACAGCAGAGGCACCGCUGCCAGCACCUGCAUCCUAACGAUAGAAACUGAUGACUACUGAUGCUCUACUUUUUUCUGGAACUUUCCCUUGUCUCUCUCACUCCUUUUGUAAAACUUCAUCCCUCGUGGUAGGGCCAAAAAGAGGAGGAAACAGCAUUAUGCUCUCCAUUCCGUCUCGGGAUACACACAACAUGAAAAGUGCAAUAUCGUGUUGUUUACGUAUUGCUCAUCAUUCAUCAAUAAAGCUGCACUCCCUUUCAGUAUUACGUUUAGGAUGAAAUCUGUGCCAAAUCACAUAUUGAUCCCCUGAGUGAUUGCUGUCACGAAUGAUGUUCAGAUUGAUUUUGUGAUCAUAACAUCAUAUAUCAAGGCUGUUCAACUCUGAUCCUGGAGGGCUGAAACGCUUCUGGUUUUCAUCCUCUCCUUCUAAUCAGGGACUAAUUCAGACUUGGGACACCAGGUGAGUGCAAUUAACUACUAGGUAGAAGCAAAAAACUGAAAUGUUUUGGCAUUCCAGGACUGGAAUUGAAUAACACUGUCAUAAAGCAUAACAUCUUUGCAUCAGGGAAAGUCUCCCUUCAAAGGUAACAUUUCAGAAAGUUCCAUUUGAGAAUAUGGUGCAACCCAAUUUAAAGCCUAAUGAAAUACCUGUAAAAUAGACACAGCAGUAUGCAUUGCACAGUUAAUUUGCAGAAUUGGUUACUAAUAAAAUAAUGAUCUAAUUAGGAUUUUUUGUUUCUUUUCAUUUUUAAUAUUUGAAUAGUUAUCUGAAAGGUUUGGUUGUAAUGUACACUUAGAUUUUUCAUAUCCCAAAAGUAUUUUUCACAUUGAGUUAAAGUACAACUCUACAGGAAAUUGAUUAUAUAAUUGUCUUGGACACUGUUGUAUGGCUUGAAAUACAGUAUAGUGACAUGUUUGUGAUGUGUUUAUUUAAAGUUUUAAUAAAAAGUGCUAAAUACUA